AUGUGGAUAUUCAGGUGGUCAGAGGACUCACACCUUGAAAAGGAACUCAAUGAUUCAACCUAUGGAGAGACCCAUGAUUGGACCUACAUUCCUGCUCCAAGAGUGGUUAAAAAACCCGACAACUAUGAGUUGCAGAACCCAGUGCGCUCAGUAUCACCGGAGAUCCUGACUGAGAAGGAAGUAAGAAAUGCCCUGAUGGCCUGGUUGAGGCGAAAGGUACGCUAUAAAAAUGAAUUGGCCCAGAAAAUGGAGAUCAAGGAGAUUGUACCGUCAAUAAUAUUUUACUAUGUUCUCGACACUUUUAUUGAGCAAAGGGCUUUGAAGUUCUCCUGUCAGCAAAAACCAAUAAUUGGAGCUGCACUCUCACCCAACAAGAAGUUAAAAGCCUGGGAGGUACAGUGUUUCCCAGUCAAAUACUUUCAAGAAGAAACCAAGUACUUUCACAUGCCUAACAGUGACAAGAAAGGAAUGUGUAUCAGCUGCUAUGGCCGAGGCCUUGUCCUAUGCGCAAGGUGCUGGGGUUCCGGUGAAAUCACCUGUCGGAAAGUCUACUCUUCCAGGAGGGGUCGGAUGUUGAGUCUGUGUGCAGAGUGCACAGCGAACAAUACAGCCGACUGUGAGAGAUGUGCAGCUGUUGGCCACAUCCAGUGCCUCCGAUGUGACGGCCAAGGUAAGGUCUGGUACUUCACCAACAUGAAGGUGGAGUACCUGACCCAGCACCAGUACAAGAUGAUUGCUGAAGAGGACUUUCCCACCUCCGCCUUGCAGAAGGCCCACGGGAUGGUUAUACACGACCAUACCGCAGAGUUAGUCACACCCAUCAGCACUUGCAAUGAGGAGGAAGUCAACUUGGCAUCACAGCUCCUGGUGCAGGAAUCACACUUUGCCUGGCCUGACUCCCGAAUUCUCCAACAGAAACACAGUCUCACAGCUAUCCCUGUCAAUAAAGUGCUCUUCACCUGGGAGGAUCUGAAUGGUCGCUUCUGGAUCUAUGGGACCAAGCGGCAAAUUUAUUUCAAGAACUAUCCUCUGAAGAAAUCUUGCUGGCCCUGA